AUGGCCUUCCGGAAGUUUAGCAGCCGUAAAGGCUUUCCUUCACUAAUGUUGAGUGACAACGCCACUACUUUCGUAGCAGCAUCUGAAUAUCUGAAAACGAUGGCAGAUAGCCCCCUUUUUCAAAACCAUCUGGCGGAGAACAUCGAGUGUAAGUGGAAAUUUAUACCAGCAAGAGCACCUUGGUUUGGUGCAAUCUGGGAGAGAUUGAUCGGAUUAUUGAAGAACUGUAUGAAGAAGGUAGUCGGUCGAGCUCUUCUCAGUUAUGAUGAAUAUCCUGCAUUUUUGGUGGAAUUGGAAUCUAUCAUAAAUGACAGGCCACUAAGCUACACAUCGGGGGACCUUGAUCAGAAGGAGAUUUUAACACCUAAUCAUCUGAUCUUGGGUAGAAAAUUAAGAUCCUUUCCCAAGGAAACAAUUAAUUGGGAGGAGGUAUCUGAAGAUCCAUUGUAUAGUAAAACAGAAAAUGUAGAAAAGAGAUUCCUUUACAUAUCCAAAUUGUGUGAUCAAUUAUGGAAAAGAUGGGAACAUGAAUAUUUGAUUUCUUUAAGAGAGACUCAUCGAAUUGGAGUCCAACAUAAUUCUUGGCCCAAAAUAGGAGAUGUCGUCCUCGUACAUGAUGAAGGGCCAAGAAACAAAUGGAAGUUGGGUCAGGUGAUUCAGGUGCAUGUGGGGUCUGACAAUGUAGUUAGAGUAGCUACCCUCAAAACCUCCCAUGGUCAGAUCAUGCGUCCCAUUGUGAAAUUGUACCCGUUAGAGUUGUGGCAAGAAGUUGAGACUCCUGAUCCUGCCAAAUUUCCUGAAGUGAGUACUCGACCAUCCAGGAAGGCUGCUCGGGUGGCUGCAGAAACUAGAAAAGAUUUGAUUCAAAAGGGACUGUUGUAA